AUGGACGUCUCUCCAGAGUUCCACGCCAGGAAUGACCCACUGAACGGCUUCGCUUGCAUCCACGCCGACCAGGGUAAAAGAGGAUUUUGCCACGAUUACAAAGUGCGGUUUGUGUGUCCUGACUCUUUCUGCUCAGCUUCGGGCUCAUUGCCGCUCUUCAGAGGAUUGACCGAGAUGUACCAGGGGGAGCUGCUUUGUGACAUCACUCUUGUGGUUGAAGGACAGAAGUUCCCUUGCCACAGGGCCUUGCUAGCAGCCGUGAGUCCUUAUUUCCGGGACGUCUUCAUCAAAGGUGGGAAAGAGCUGGAAGGGACGGAGGUCCAGCUGCAGGGCGUGUCCCCGUCCAUCGUGCAGAACAUCCUGAAAUACAUCUACACGGAGGAACUCGCACUCACGCCUGAGCUGGCGCCCUUGCUCUUCACGGGAGCCAACCAGCUGCAGAUCACCCCCUUGCAGACCGUCUGCUGUGGGUUCCUGGUGACCCAUAUCUCCAUCCAGAACUGCUUUGAGAUGUAUUCCCUAGCUCAACAGCAUCACAGCCAGCCUCUCCUUCACGCUGUUCUCCAGCUCCUCAUCAAUAAUUUCGACCGGGCCUUUGAAGAGGACAAUUUCUUCCAACUGGACUCCGCUGAUCUGGCCACCGUCAUCUCCUCCGAUGACCUCGAAGUCGCUUCCGAGCUCAGGGUCUACCAGGUCGUGCGGCGGUGGGUGCAGAGCGAGCCCCGGAAGCGCAGCCCCUUCCUCGGAGAGCUCUUGCGCCACGUCCGCUUCCCCCUCUUCGGCCCCGAGGAGCAGGACGUACUCCAGGCAGAUCUGGAGAGAUGGGGUGACCUCGAUCUAGAACGGAAAGUCAUGGACGGCCCGGAACGGUUGCAACAAAGCCGUGCACUGCGCCAAGGCAUGUACAAGCCGCACAUUCUGUGCAUCGACACCCAGAUGUGUGAGUACCAACCGCUGGAGAGCGAAGAGACCCAAAUGAACUGCUACGAGCCGCAGGCCGAAAUCUGGGAGAAACUUCCCGGCUUGAAGGCCUUGACCCACUCUUGUUGUACCUCCAACGGAGACAGGGUCUACCUCUCAGGAGGUGUCCACAAGAACUUGUACUCCACUGCCGUGUUCGAAUUCAACGCCUUCACCAACCAGUGGCUGCAGCUCCCACCCAUGGCAGUGCCCCGGGUGGCCCAUGGCUUCGUGUUUGACCAUCAAAAACUCUACGCCAUGGGUGGCUGGUGUAGAUUCCAGAGUUUCUUAAACCUGGCUGAGAGCCUUGACCUUGCCACGGGGACGUGGACCCCAGUGGCUAAGCUGCCCUUUGCCCUGAGCCACCCGGCCUCCGGCGUGUUGCGACAGAAGGUGUAUCUCCUUGGGGGCGCCACGGGGAUCUCAAACCACUGGCUGUUCCAUAAGGGAGUCUUGAUCUAUGAGAUGGUUUCCAACACAUGGACACAGGUCCCUCUGGCCACGGGCUUCUUCGCCGCAGGAGCCGUGGCUGCCGAGAACGGCCUCUACGUCUUCGGAGGAUAUGCUGAGAAGAAGUCCGAGGACUGGGAGGAGAGGGCGCUGGUGCCCGAGAACCGUCACGGCACCCGUAAGUGCUUCUUCGUCAACGAGGCAGGCAAGGUGAAUUUAAACGUGGCCGUCCCCAAGCUGCGGCGGGCACUGGCCAACGCAGGGGUGGUACGCUGCGGGAAGCGGAUCUACGUGUUGGGUGGAGAAGAUCUGACCCAGCGCUACAAAGCGAUCUACUCCUGGCAACCGGGUGAAUCCCGCUGGCACCGGGCUAGUGCCGAAAUCCCCUUGCAGCGGGAAGGCAUCAGCAGAUUUGGUUGCGCGACGUUGCUGAGACCCAAGGCUCAUAUUCUCCAGCUCUUCCAAGUGACCUCGGUGGUUGUCGUGUCGGCUGUCCCGAAAUCAUAG